GUGUAGAGCCCGCAAACGCAUACGUAUAUAAGAGCGUUAGAAGGUGAAAGCAUGGGCGCAGCGCAGGGGAGUGAUAAGAAACUAAGGCAGAAACAACGGCAAUGGAUAUGGUUAUAGAGGUUCUCUCCGGUGCGCACUUCUCCGGUUGGCAUCCUUCAACCACCUCCUCUUCUUCUCCAACAUCCUCACAUCACCCCUUCGUCAUCGGUGUCUCUGGAGGCACUGCAUCGGGGAAAACCACAGUGUGUGACAUGAUCAUUCAGCAACUGCAAGAUCACAGAGUUGUGCUCGUCUGUCAGGAUUCAUUCUACCGCGGUUUGACAAAUGAUGAGUUGAAACACGUUCAUGAGUAUAAUUUUGAUCAUCCUAAUGCAUUUGACACAGAGCAACUCGUAGAAACCAUCAGUAAGCUCAAAUCUGGACAGUCAGUUCAGGUUCCAAUAUAUGAUUUUAAGCUUCACCAGAGAUCUUCUGACAGAUCUCGACAGGUGAAUGCAUCUGAAGUAAUCAUUCUGGAGGGUAUAUUGGUUUUUCAUGAACAACGUGUCCGCAACAUGAUGAAUAUGAAGAUAUUUGUUGAUGCAGAUCCAGAUGUAAGGCUUGCCCGCAGAAUAAGACGGGAUACUGUUGAGAGGGGUAGAGAUGUACACUCUGUACUGGAACAGUAUGCAAAAUUUGUUAAGCCUGCCUUCGAUGAUUUUAUUCUUCCGUCCAAAAAAUAUGCUGACAUUAUCAUACCUCGUGGGGGAGAAAAUCGUGUAGCAAUUGACUUGAUUGUUCAACAUAUUCGCACUAAGCUUGGCCAACAUAACCUCUGCAAGAUAUAUCCCAAUUUGAAUGUUAUACAGUCCACUUUCCAGACUAGAGGCAUGCACACUCUUAUUCGUGACAAGGACAUAUCAAAGCAUGAUUUUGUUUUUUAUUCAGAUCGGCUAAUUCGUUUGGUAGUGGAACAUGGUCUUGGUUACUUACCGUUUACAGAGAAACAAGUUAUCACACCUACAGGCUCAAUUUAUACUGGAGUUGAUUUUUGUAAGAAAUUGUGCGGAGUAUCCAUUAUUCGAAGCGGCGAAAGCAUGGAAAAUGCUUUGCGUGCUUGCUGCAAAGGAAUAAAGAUAGGAAAAAUUCUCAUUCACCGUGGUGAUGGUGAAGGUGGUGAAACCCAGCUUAUUUAUGAGAAGCUUCCUAAAGAUAUUUCAGAGAGACAUGUUCUUCUCAUGGACCCAGUACUUGGUACAGGUAACACUGCUAGCCAAGCAAUCGAGCUUCUUAUAAAGAAGGGAGUUCCAGAGUCCCAGAUAAUAUUCCUUAACCUCAUUUCUGCUCCUGAGGGAAUACAUUGUGUUUGCAAACACUUUCCGCAUCUGAAACUCAUCACAUCGGAGAUUGAAGAAGGUUUAAAUGACCAGUCCCGUGUCAUACCAGGGUUAGGAGAAUUUGGUGACCGCUACUUUGGUACGGACGAUUCUUAGUUUGAAAGCAAAACAAAAUGAUUGCAAGUGGAAAAAACAGUAACAGAUGUUGGAGUUUAUUCCUAUCUUUAGUAUUGAUCUGAUUAGUAACCACGCAUAUAAUCACGAGCAACUACACACUAAGGAAGCAGAAGUUUGGGUUUUUCCAAUCGGAACUUGAUCAGGGUCGUUUGUUUGUAAGCUUCGCUUCUGUUCUCCUUUGUUUCCACAGAAGCUAAAAAGGGUUCUUAACUGCAACUGGUUUUUGACU